GGGGCAAGGCCUCGCCGGCGCCGCCUGGUGCCCGCGGCUCGUCAGCCGGGGAGGGCGAUGUCCCGGCGGCGCCGGGCCGCCCUCCGUCCAGGUAGAGCGUGAAGGAGGCCGUGUGGCCUAGGCCGACGGGAAGCCCGAGUUCCUUCCACGUGGGCGGCCCACGAGGUGGACUAGAGCUGGGAAAGGGAUGUAAUUGUCCGAUCUUGUUAAAGUUGCUUUAUCUUGUUUGGCAAAAGGCAGAACUGGAACCUGAAAAUUAACAGACUAUCCAGGACUGAAUUGCUGUGCUGUCUGCAAGACAGGCCGGUUAAUUUGCAAGGCGGUAGCGAGUGUUUCUGAAGCGCUGAACAUCCUGCCAUCCAUUUAGUAAAUUGAUGUCUAUAGGUAUCUGUGAGCCCUUUAAAUUAGUCCAAAGAGCAACUGUUUAAAGAAAUACUGAUUUAGCAAGCAUACACGUUAGGGCAUUCGGUAUUUCUUAGUACGCGUGAGUUAAUUCCUAUUCCUAAACAACACAAACGGGAUUUCUUUUUUUUUUUUUUUUUUUUAUUCUUGAACUGUAAAGUUAUAUCUUGUUUCCUUAAGAAGUGUGUUUUUAAACUGACUCUGCAUUGAGUUCUUAACUGAGGACACCAAUUUCAAAUUGUAACUGUUUAGAGCAAGUAUCUUAAUUAUUACUUACACAGAAAUUCAUUGAACUGGAAGUCAUGACAAUGUUUAUGAAUAUAUACCGUUUGCAUUUUGAAAGAGAUUUUUUGUUUUUGAAGGUGGUAUUUGAAGCAAACCUGCAUUUUCUAAGUUCUUCACAUGUAGAGUGGGGCAACUGUGAUGGUAAGAUGAACCGGAUUAAUAGAAGUUUUCCUUAUUCAAGUACUGAAUACAAUUACAUCACAAUUUGAUUUGGUGUUGCUGAUGAUGUGCUUAUACUUAAAUGUCAUUCACUGAAGCAACUGCUUUGGUUUAGUUUGCCAAAUUUAUGGUAUUUAUCCACAUGCCGGGGAUCUUGCUAUCUGUUGACCCAACAGACUCCUUAACUGCUUCGCAGCAUUACAUUACAUUACCUUUUUUUACCUUUGAGGGGUAUUGCAGCUGUGGUUUUGGAGAUUUGCUGUUCUGAGAGAGUAAAAAACUGUUCGGAUACUAGUGUGUGCAGUAAGAGAAAGGAGGGUGCAGUCAUUAGACGAUGAAGUCCAAGAUGGAAGAGCAAAGUGAAGACAGUCCUAGUCCCAAGCGACAACGCCUUUCCCAUUCAGUCUUUGACUACACAUCAGCAUCACCAGCCCCAUCACCACCAAUGCGACCAUGGGAGAUGACAUCAAAUAGGCAGCCUCCUUUGGCUCGACCCAACCAACACCACUUCUCAGGGGAACGAUGCAACACACCUGCACGAAACAGGAGGAGUCCUCCUGUUCGACGUCAGAGAACAAGGAGAGAUCGUUUGUCUAGACAUAAUUCUAUUAGCCAGGAUGAAAACUAUCACCAUCUCUCCUAUGGACAGCAGCAAGCAAUAGAAGAGCCUCGAGCCUUUCGCCCACCGAAUGUAUCUCCUUGUAUGUUGCACCCAGCUGCUCACCCACCACAGCAGAAUGCAGUGAUGGUUGACAUUCAUGAUCAGAUCCAUCAGGGCACAGUUCCUGUUUCAUACACAGUGACAACUGUGGCUCCACAUGGGAUACCACUUUGCACAGGCCAGCACAUUCCAGCCUGCAGCACGCAACAGGUCCCAGGGUGCUCAGUGGUUUUCAGUGGCCAGCACCUUCCAGUUUGCAGUGUGCCUCCCCCAAUGCUUCAGGCGUGCUCAGUCCAGCACCUACCUGUACCAUAUGCAGCAUUUCCACCCCUCAUUUCUAAUGACCCAUUCCUUUUGCAUCCUUCUCAUAUCUCUACACACCACCCUCCUCACUUACCUCCUCCAGGACAGUUUGUUCCUUUCCAAGCACAACAGUCACGGUCGCCACUUCAAAGGAUAGAAAAUGAUGUAGAAUUGCUUGGAGAACAUCUUCCUGUAGGAGGUUUUACAUAUCCUCCCUCAGCCCAUCCACCAACCUUGCCUCCCUCAGCUCCUCUUCAAUUCUUAGCCCAUGAUCCGUUACACCAGGAGAUGUCAUUUGGGGUACCUUACCCACCUUUUAUGACUCGAAGACUCACAGGGCGCAGCAGAUACCGAUCACAGCAGCCAAUACCACCACACCCUUACCAUCCCAGCCUAUUACCUUAUGUGCUAUCAAUGCUCCCAGUGCCACCGGCAGUUGGACCAGCUUUCAGCUUUGAGUUGGAUGUGGAAGAUGGAGAGGUAGAAAACUAUGAGGCACUGCUGAAUUUAGCAGAACGUCUGGGAGAAGCCAAACCACGGGGAUUAACAAAAGCAGACAUUGAGCAGCUUCCAUCCUACAGGUUCAAUCCAAACAAUCACCAGUCAGAGCAGACAUUAUGUGUGGUGUGCAUGUGUGAUUUUGAGUCAAGGCAGCUACUUAGAGUCUUACCCUGUAACCACGAGUUCCAUGCCAAGUGUGUUGAUAAAUGGCUGAAGGCAAAUCGUACCUGCCCGAUUUGUAGAGCUGAUGCUUCAGAAGUGCAUCGUGAUUCAGAAUGACCAAUCUAAGAGCACAAACAAAUCUGGUUCGGGUGUUUCUGGUCACAUGUAUAUAUGAACUCUCUAUUGAACUUACCUACCCAUGUGGCUUCCAGCCUACCCUUUACACAAAAGGGUCAAUGGACCUUACUUUGCACUGUGUGACUUAAUCAAUUAUAAAGCUUAUAAUUAGUCUUCACAGUUACGGGAUUGUUAUACUAACAAGUGUGAUUGGAACUCCAAAGAUUUUUUUUUAGCUUAAUUUUAUGUGUGCACUAACAUUCCCUGGGUUUUGUGUGAUCAUUCCAAGUGUUGCUGCGAGAUUACUGUGGAUGUGAUCUUUUAGCAUGUGCUUUUAUAUAAAAAAAAAAGGAAAAAAAGUGGUAGCUCCAAACAAUAUAGCAAUCUACCUUAUAUAGAGCCUUCAGAUACUGUGAGUGGAUAUGAAUGGUGUGAAUGUGUGUUUGCCUGAGAGAGGGGUGAGUGAAGUGUGCUUGUGACUGGGUGUGCCUGUGUGUUUGAGAACCUAUAUACCAGCAUGUACUGAGAACGUAUGUGUGUAGUAAUAAUUAUGCUGCAAUGUAUAAUCUUGUGAGUUAUUUAAACAGUACUAGUACUGUACACUGGUUCCCUUCCUUGUGUUUGCAGUUGCACACUGAAUGUGAUGGGUGCAGCAAUUACAGACAUUUAGUAUUUUGUCCCCAACGUACUUACAGGUGUAAAGACCUUUCUACCUACUACUAUUCAAACAGCUGUUAUGCUUCCCCUUCACUGGAGGCUUUAAGUGUGUAACACUAAAGAAUGAAUUCAUUCUUCAUACAUGAGUAACCUUGGAGGUUUUAUCAUAUGUUUAAAAGUCUGGAUUUUUUUAAUGGCUGAUUUACAAGUUAUUUUAUCAAUGUAGAGUCACAGUAUCAUACUUAGCAAUAUUAAUGUUUUCAAUUGCUAAUAUAUCAGUGUUUUUCUGUUUUCCUUUCAAAUUUUUCUAGCUGGGUUUACCAGUUACAUGUUUCUUUCAUGAAGGGAAGCAGGAAGUACACUGAGGGUGUCCUGGUCUUGUGGAACAUUCUUAACUUUUGCCCAUUGUACUUGCUAAGGACAUCAUCUUUUAGCUUAUAAACAUUGGCUUUAAUCACAUUCGUUCUUUGUCAUCUACAAGGAAGUUGGUAUGUAACUAAAAUAACUUGUAAAAGGUUACAAUUUUAUUCCUGCGACUUCAUGAAUAAAAUACAUUUUUUAGCGUUUUCUCAGAGAAGUAGAAUUUCAUAUUUCUUUCACCCUAUCACAAGACAAAGUAGGUUUUGGUCAUAACCUGCAGAAUUCAGUUGCCCAGAUGCUGCUUCUUUCCCUUCCUUAUUUCAUGAUGAGUGUAAUAGGAAGAAGGAACUCCAAGGUUAUUGCAGUCAAGUUUCCAGAGUGCUUCACUAGAGGAGAAAUUUGGAAUACUUUCCAGAACAAUGCUGUGAAAAAGGAGGGGAUAACGUCUAUUCAAGUGGUCUGAGUAAUAUUUUAUUUGGGCCAUUGAAAAAAAUGAGCUUUUUUUGUAACAUUCACACUGUUAACGUCUCUGAUGUGUUCUAGCAAAAUAGUUAGGUCUGCAUAUGCCACAAUUAUUAAAAGGAUACACUUUUUGCAAGGAAACUUUUCUCAUAAAUUCAAUGUCAUUUCUUUGGUUGCAGCAGCAGCACAAGUGGCACAAUUACCAGUAUUGCUACAACUUGCUGCCAGUCUCAACUUUAAGUUUAUUCUUUAUAAUUUCUGAUGCUUUUGUAUGCUGCUAUGCUUUAGUAUCAGUUAAAAUUUCAAACAGUGUUAGAUGUUCUCCAUGCUGGUUUUCCUCUUUGAAGAUUUUACACACCAGUCACAGCCCUUGGUGCAGCUAAAUAAAAGCACAAUUUUGCCCUGUUUCAGUUGUUUUUCCCUCUGUUUAGUUAUGCACGUAGUUCUGAAAAGCAGUGAUGCUUUAUAUACCUGUCCAUACUUAGGAACACUAAAUAAAUAAAAAUGCUGUUACUUCCACUUCAAAAUACUAGAAUUUCUUUUUCCUCUCUUCCAAUGGAGUUAAAGAAUAGGCUUUUCACAAUAGCACCUAGCAGUUUAAUUACAUGUAAUAAAAUUUAUUUUUUUAACAAAUAAAAUCAUGUUUUAAAAGCAUAUGCCACGUAUGUCUUACAAAACUUAGCCUCUUUUAUAUAUCUGCAAAACAAAAAGAAUCUGUGUACAGAUUCAAACAUGACUAACAUUUCUGUGUUUAGUAUUCAGUUCAAAGCAUGGAAAGAGAGUACUUUACUUGAUACAAGUGAACAGGACACAUACUUCUGAAGCUGAGGGAAAGUAGUUCUCUUUCUGGAACUGGAGAAAUGUCCCUUUUCCCCCUCUAAAAUUUAUUAAGACAAUGGGAGAUCUAGGAGAUGGUCUAAGUUGGUAAAAUCCUGCAAUGAAUUGUUGCACUCCUAUGGCUCAUCUCUUCUGGAAUGGUUCUUUGGUUUGCUUGGAUGAAUGGGGACUUGCUUCCCAUGGUUAAUGUGUACAAAGAGCACACAUGCUUAUAUUUUGAAUUAGCUCAGACAGGCUACAACCACAUCUUCUGUGGUGGCUGUCAAGGGCAGGGGAUUUAUGUUCAGCUCUUAAUUGCCAUAUAUUAUGCACAGCUGCCGUGGUGCCUGAUAGCACCUGAAUUCAGCAACACUUCUUUUAUGUUUGUUGCCUUUCUGCCAUCCAAUGACUUAUCAAAAAAAAAACAAAAAUGCUCAACCUCCAAUAUGUUUGCUUUAUCAUAUUGGCAUUGCUGUGGUUUUUUGCAUAAACUGUCAAUUUAAUUUGACAUUUUGGUGGAUAUCAAGGCCUACAGAUAAUUCCAGUGUCUCACUUUUUGGCUUUCUUUAGAAAAAGAAGUAAGGCCAUAUGUUGUAUGUCAUUUUGUACAUGCUUUUGAAUGUGACUUCACAGCUGUUAACACAAAGCAUAUUACUUGGGAUGAGACUUAACAACUGUUUUAAUUGUAGAAAACAGUUUUAACUGAGUUAUCUUUGGGCCUUUGUAAAAGCUGUGGUUUUUUUCCUUUGGUACAUUGUUACCUCAUUUUGCUACUUGUGUUUCAGACUUGCUAAUUAUGACAGCUUAUGGUUUUUGUUGGAAUCAUAUUUUGUUAAGUGUUUUCUUUAAAUCAUGUGCUAUUGUAUCAUGUAACAUGUAGUUUUAAAUGUAUUCUAAAUAUCUGUAACCAAAUCAUUUGAAGGCUUGAUAAAUUUUUAACAAAAUUUGUACCUUUUUUAUGAGAGUUACUAGUAAUGCUUUACUAGGUAGUGCAAUGAAUUUUUAUUUUUAAUCCCUGUGCCCAAUUUUGGAGUUGAGAGAGUUGUUCGGUAAUAAAUGUAUGAUGUA